AUGCCUAGAGAACGACGUGCGAACAUCGGCCGCCGCACAAGACAUGCAAGCCAGCAACAAGUCUAUUCAAGGAACUUAAGAGAAGAAAGACAAAAUAUAAUAAGAGAAAAUGACCGAUUGAGACAUCGCGUGAGCACACGAAGAUCAUUGGCAUCAUACAAUCGCUUGGCAUUCCAAUAUGAUCCCACUGCGAACUACAGUGAUGAUGAAAAUUUGGAUAUUGGACGAAUGACGACUAUAUGCCGAUAUUGCAAUGCGUUAAAGUUCAAAAGAGAAACGGUUGGAUUGUGCUGGGCAAGUGGAAAAGUCAAACUGGAUCCAUUACUUACACCACCACAGCCACUGAAAACAUUGUUUGAUGGAAGUGAUCCCGAUUCCAGCCAUUUUCUUCAACACAUCCUUGAAUACAAUAACUGCUUUCGCAUGACUUCCUUUGGAGCUAAUAUCAUUCGAGAAGGCGGCUUCAUGCCGACUUGCAAGAUACAAGGUACUAAGUAUCGAGUUUUUGGUGACACACGUUGUUAUAUGUACUCGGUGGAAUGGCAGAAGCGUGGACUACCGCAUGCUCAUAUCCUAAUUUGGUUGCUGAACAAAUUACAUUCAAAUGAAGUGGAUGACAUCAUAUCAGCUGAAAUUCCUGAUCCAGUCACUGAUCCCCGUCUACACGACAUUGUGACGACACAGAUGGUGCAUGGACCGUGCGGUGCAUUAAAUCCAUUAUCGCCUUGCAUGGCUGAUGGAAAGUGCACAAAACGAUAUCCGCGACCGUUAGUUGCUGAAACAGUCACAGGGAACGAUGGAUAUCCAGUUUAUCGUCGGCGUUCAAAAGAAGAUAACGGUCGAACUAUCAAAGUUAAAGUUCAAAAUCAAGAGAUUGAGAUCGGAAAUGAAUUCAUUGUACCAUAUUGCCCGCUGCUAUCACGAAUUUUCGAAACACAUGCAAACGUUGAGAGUUGUCAUUCGGCCAAAUCAAUCAAAUAUUUGUGCAAGUACGUCACAAAAGGCAGCGACAUGGCUGUGUUUGGUAUUGCGUCGGAAAAUGUGAAUGACGAAAUCAGCAACUUCCAAAUGGGCAGAUACGUAAGUACUAAUGAAGCACUGUGGCGAUUAUUGUCAUUUCAAAUUCAUGAAAGAUAUCCCACAGUUGUACAUUUAGCAGUGCAUUUGGAAAAUGGCCAAAGAGUUUACUUCACUGAGGCUAAUGCGGCACAACGAGCUGAGAGACCACCAUCGACAACAUUGACUAGCUUCUUUGCAAUGUGUGAAGCAGAUCCAUUCGCAGCGACGCUGAUGUACGUUGAAAAGCCCAAGUAUUACACUUGGAAUCAAUCAACAAAGAAAUUCCAACGUCGCAAACAAGGAACCCCAGUUCCAGACUGGCCACAGGUGUUUUCAACUGAUGCACUAGGUCGUAUGUACACUGUUCAUCCUAGAAACGAUGAAUGUUUUUAUUUGCGACUGCUGUUAGUAAAUGUACGUGGACCGAAAUCAUUUGCGCAUUUGAAAACAGUGAAUGGCCACCAAUGCCAAACAUAUCGAGAAGCAUGUCAACUAUUGGGUUUGCUGGAGAACGAUUCUCAUUGGGAUUUAACACUUGCAGAUUCAGUUGUUUCAUCAAAUGCGUACCAAAUACGAACGCUGUUCGCAAUUAUCAUCACCACAUGUUUUCCUUCACAACCAAUUCAGUUAUGGAACAAAUACAAAGCCGCCAUAUGUGAAGAUAUCUUGCAUCGCUUGCGUAUUCAAACGAAUAAUCCUGACAUCCAAAUAACCGAUGAAAUCUACAAUGAAGGAUUGAUUCUGAUUGAGGAUCAAUGCUUGACUAUUGCAAACAAGCUACUGAUUGAAGUAGGAAUGAUUGCGCCAAAUCGAUCGAUGCACGAUGCAUUCAACCAAGAAUUAAAUCGAGAGCUGCAAUACAAUGUUGAUACAUUGCAGGAAUUCGUUAGAAAUAAUGUUCCGUUGCUGAAUGAACAGCAAAAACAAGUAUACAAAACAUUAAUGCAAGCGGUGGACAAUAAUACUGGUGGUCUAUUCUUCCUGGAUGCACCUGGAGGAACAGGGAAAACAUUUGUCAUUUCAUUGAUUUUGGCCACUAUUCGAUCAAGAUGUGACAUAGCUUUGGCGUUAGCAUCAUCUGGAAUUGCGGCGACUCUUCUAGAUGGCGGUCGUACUGCACAUUCUGCGCUUAAGUUGCCACUCAAUUUAAACACAAUUGAUACUCCAACGUGCAAUAUUUCCCGAUCCAGUGCAAUGGGAAAAUUGUUAAUGCAAUGCAAGCUCAUUGUUUGGGAUGAGUGCACAAUGGCACAUAAGAAAUCACUUGAAGCACUUAACUUCACACUGAAGGAUCUUCGGAGAAAUAACAACAUCUUUGGCGGCUUGAUGAUAUUGUUGGCAGGCGAUUUCAGGCAGACGUUGCCAGUAGUUCCCCGUGGAACGCCUGCAGAUGAAUUGAAUGCUUGCCUAAAGGCAUCACCUUUAUGGAAUAACGUAAAAACAUUAUCGCUAACCACUAAUAUGAGAGUUCAACUUCAAAAUGAUCAAAGUGCUGCACAAUUUUCCAAACAAUUGUUAGAUCUUGGAAAUGGAAAAGUCCCAGUUGAUGCGACAUCUGGAUUAAUUACUCUUACCAACGACUUUUGCCGAUUUGUAGACACUCAAUUAGUUCUUAUUGAAAAUGUUUUCCCAAACAUUAGUGAGAAUUAUAAGAAUUAUGCUUGGUUAAGUCAACGAGCAAUUCUUGCAGCAAAGAAUAAUGAUGUCCACGCACUGAAUUUCACCAUUCAAUCAAAAAUUGCUGGCGAUUUGGUGACAUACAAAUCCGUUGAUUCAAUAACAAAUCCCGAUGAUGUAGUAAAUUAUCCAACGGAGUUUUUGAACUCUCUGGAGAUACCAGGAUUUCCACCACAUAACUUGCAACUGAAAGUUGGUACAGUUAUUUUGAUACUGCGUAAUUUGAAUCCACCGCGACUUUGCAACGGUACUCGACUUUCGGUAAAGAGACUUAUGCCGAAUUUAAUUGAGGCAACCAUUAUUAACGGAAAGUACGCAGGUGAAAAUGUAUGUAUUCCUCGAAUACCAAUGAUUCCGACUGAUCUUCCGUUUGACUUCAAACGAUUGCAAUUCCCAGUUCGCCUUGCGUUCGCAAUGACAAUUAAUAAGUCGCAAGGCCAAUCGCUUAGUGUUUGCGGGAUAAAUUUGGAAAAUCAUUGUUUUUCACAUGGACAGUUAUACGUUGCGUGUUCACGAGUUGGGAAACCAUCCGCUUUGUUUGUGUUAACGUCAGACCAAAAAACAAAAAAUGUGGUUUACCAAAGAGCACUACAAUGA